AGUCCCGGCCAGACCAGGCAGAGACACACACAGAGAGAGAGAGAGAGACGCGGCGUUUAUUCCUGCUGGAUCGCCCCGGGAGCCGCGAUCCGUCGGGCGUCCCGCGCGAUCUCCCGCCGCCCCUCGCACCUUUUCCCUCCCGUUGCUCCGGGAGACCCGCUGAGGGUUCCCACGCGAGUCAACUGCUACUCCCACCUGCGCGGCAAGUCAGAUUUGUUUUUUUCCCCCAGAACGACUGAGGGGGAAAAACGAUUGAAAACCUCUGCUCGAGAUUCGCGAGUGUUUCACAUCGUAUGAGAAAGAGACAACCUUACAAAAAAAAAAAAAGGAUAUAUUUUCUAAGGUGGGAUGCCAAGAAACAUGGUGUCAGACUACUCAGGAAUGGGAUAUGAAAUUCCUUCGGAGGUCCAGUUUGGAAACUUGGAAAAAACACAUCAUCCAGAGAGUGGGAAAAAUUGCCCGGAUCGAAAACAUUCAAUUUUGGACGAAGAUGAACGGCUGAAAGAUCUAACUCAUGAAGAAAAGGAUGUCCUACUGUUUUUCGAAGAAACUAUUGAUUCUUUGGAUGAUGAUGUGGAGGAAGAAGGUUUGCAUGACAGUGGGGUCUUCUGCAAUUCUCCAAAGCUGGUGGAAGAAAACACACCUGACCAUCCAGGGUCUGAAGAGCUCAUAGAAUUGGUCCCGUCAGCACCAGAGAACAGCACAGAACCAGCAUCAGAGGAAACUUGGAAGCCAGAUGAGCCAAAGCUGGAAGAUGCUGAACCAUCAGAGGAAGAUGUCCAUGUUAAUCCAGCUUCUCUUCAGCCAACGUUGCCUCCACCACCCCCGUUGCCAGUGUAUGAGACACAUUCUGUUCAGCCUGCUGUACUGCAUCCGAAGCUCCUUCACUCCAUCCCCACACCGCUUCUGAUUGCCGAGAAAUUGUCUGAGCAGAAGGCAGAAGGCAGUUCUUCCUUGCUUCCCUCUCCAAAGGAAAGGAACCCCAACAAGAGGAGGACCCUCUCCACUUCCUCCACCCUGUGCAGUUGGGAGCAGGUCAAGACUUGUGCCCCACCUCCAACUGCUCCCAAACCCCAGAGGUUCCCGAGCAACAUCAGCUUCACCAACGCCAGCGAGCGGGAAUUCAGCAAAAUCAUCUCCAAGGCAGCCGUCAACGUUCAAGAGCGCAAGGCCCAAGUGUUGGCCAACGUCAACGCUUCCGCCUUGCUAAUGAAUGAGUUGGAAGAGAGACUGAAGAAGCGUGGGUUUCUGGAUCCCAGCCAAAGCUUGCCUUUACGAGAUUUACCUUCUGAGUCCACGGGCCAUGAACCCUUGAGUAGUUUAAGCUUGGUUGAGAAAACUCUUGCUCGGGCCCACCUCAUCCACCCUCUCCACGUCCUUUCCGCAAAGGAGGAGAGACCUGAACAAGGAUGCGGCGCACCAAAUGGUUAUCAAAACAUCCAUGAAAUCAUGAAAAGGAAUCCCAAUUUGUUACCCACCCUGAACAAAACAAUGUCUGUCAAGCUAGAUGCUGAUCUUGUGGAUGGCAAGUCUGCCUGGUCAAGUAUUUCUGGACAACCCCAACAAGACCUCAUCCUUGACAUGCAGAGAAAAUUGAGCUCAUUACCCAAAUCUGCAGGUCUCCAAUCCAAAGGUGUCACGGUACAAUUUUCCGGCCGUGGAUCAACAGAAGAAGCCCGGAGGGAGGCUCUACGAAAACUGGGACUUCUGAAAGAAUAGUGGCGUGAGAGGAACAUCUAAAGAACAUUAUGUGCCCAAAGACAGAUUCCAAUGAAAUCCAUUCUAUUUAUCAUGCAGGCUAAGGAAAUAUUAAGUGUUUGGAACUCCACUGUUCUGUGUUGGCAUUUGGGAUGGAUGUCCUUGACGUGAACUCACCGUGCUUAUUGAAGUCUUCAAAGGCAGUUCAUAAAAGCCCGUGUGAAAGUGAGAGUGUCAAGAUAAAUGAAGGUCAACGGGCAAUCUGUGUGUAAGACGUGUAUAGGUGGCACUGGCCACGUUCGUCAGAAUCCCUUGGGUAAAAUCUAGAAGAUCCCAAGAGGACUAUUAAGGAAUUCUGUAAGGAUAAAUGUAUAUAUCCCCACGUAUCGGACAGUUCAAAUUUGUAAUAAACCCGCUAUCUCCAA